CUAGAAGUGAGCCGCGUGCAGUAAAUACACAACUCAGGCAUGGCGCGUUUCGUGCGGCUAGGCUGUGUUGUUUUUAGGAAGGCGGUGGAUUAGAAGUGGGCGUGGACAUCAUCAUGGAGUCGUGUCGUAGCUGUGCUUUCGGUUGUUCUGCGUCAGGGUUCAUAUGGAGUGAGGUCAUGUACUAGUGAGGUCACGUGCGUUCAAAUGUGGCAGUUGUAAUGUAGUCCGCAGCGGUGGCGGUCGACGGAAAAAGGACAGGAAGGCUACUUUUCGCAGCAUGUACUAAGUAGACUGGAAUGAAGCGCUGGGCGACCGGAGAGCAUUCUUUGCUCCCGGUCAGACACCGCACUUUCGCAUGUGGUCUGUGGUCACGGGAGCUGCUCCUGCAGGACCUUCCGGCCUCGGAACGAGUAGGCCUUCCAGAGAGCGGCCACGGCCUGGUGUCGCGAACGAUGUUGCUUCUUCCGUUGGGGGUCGAGCGAUGUCAGAUGCGGAGCAUUUUUUGUCCGUCACAAGUGGAACGAAGAACACGGCAUUAGCGUUCACGAAGUCUCCGCGGGGCACCAACUUCAGGUCUGUUUUUGGGAGACGCCUCGUUGUGGUGGAACAAGAGCAUGAUGGGAUGCAGCUACGCCGCAGGGCCGGGGCGAACGGAGCGAGCAUCCCCGUUCCCUUGGCAUUUGUGUCAUCUGCGCAUGGAGCCGACCGACGAAACCAGGAAGCCCGAGGGAGAUCAAAGCAGGAAGCGAGCGGAAUUGAAAGUGACAUUCGAUCUCGAACUGGUACUGGACGGAGCUUGAGACGGAACCCGAGCAGCGACAGGGCGAGAGUAGAAACCAAAAAGACUACUCCGGCUUGGGCCAACAACAUCAAUUUCUGUGCAGUAAUGAAGCGGCGACUCAACAGCUUUUGGUCAAGAGCUUUAGUACGGCAGCAAGCUGCUCGCAGGAGCAAGCGUCGGCGCCGACAGACGCCGGUUAGUCGGAUACACAUCCUGUUUGGCCUGGCGACAGUUUUUCUGAUUUUCGUGAGUGAUAUUUUUUGGUAUUUUCCCCCGGAGCGAGGACCAGAUCCCGACCCCGACGUGCGAGCAGGACUUCUUUGGGUAGAGAGGAUCGGACAAAACUCGCAUCGCGAUGGUCCCUGCAGUGUUAGUGAAGAGCCACGAACAUCAGGGCUGGAAAUAGAAGCUCAUCUCCGGUCGUCGACCGGCGAACAAUCAGGCUGUAGGAGGAAACUCGAUUACGUCAGCGAGUCCUCUUCACCAUCGCCAACUACGCUUUCCUCGAGGAGGCACAGCACUUCGUCCUGGUUCUAUUCUCCAGUUUUCGUUGCCGCACAGUAUCACGUGUAUGACCUGCACUGCAAGGAAGAAGUAGGGGUGAACUACGACGACAAUUUUCGGCACUUCGCCGAUGGCGUAACCGCCUUAUCGAAGACCAGCGACGAAAACUGGGCCACACUGAAUAUGCAGGUGGAUUCUUCCUCCUUUACCACCGGUUGCCACGGCUCGGUGACGAACCAGUGGGAGUGCUGCGCGCUGUGCGGGCAGUACUGGCCGCAUUGCGUGAGCUGGGUAUGGGUGAAACAGAGUAUCGGGAGCAAUUUUCCGGAAGAGAACGUGUGCUGCCUGAAAAGCCAGUUUCGACCCAAUCCGCGCACGACGGACGCCGAUACCGGACAGGUUUUCUUCUUCCUGAUCAGUGGGUUCUUCAACCAGCGUUGUGCGAUCACGGGUGACUGCAAGAUCCGCACCUACACGCGCAAUGCGGUCUCUUCGCACUCGUACUCGAGCGACGACAAGUACCUCGUGGUCAACUACGCCGACGAGUGCGGAAGCCCGAACGUGACGUACGCGGGGCCCUACGGGGGGAACGACAUUCUGGGGAACCCGAUUUCUGCCACCUCCAACAUCGUGCCGGGCGUCACGGUGCCCAGCUGGGGCGCCACCAUGCCCAACUACGGCACCAACGCCACCGCGGGCACGGGGUCCUACUCCUACACCUACACCGGCGCGGGAAUCGUCAUCUAUACGCUGGAAGAGCAGGAGGUGAACAUGGGCACGCUGUCCGUUGGGGAGGUGGACGAGUACAAGGUUUGCUACAGCACCAACGGCGGUGCGACCUUCCAGGACUACGACAAAACCGUCGGCACGCUGACGAUGAGCGGACCCAACCCGGACGCCGAACACUUCAUUUGCACGCUCGGCGUCGAGUGCUACAUCUACGUCACCGGCUUCCAGCAGGAUGUGAACAUGAAGCUGGCGAAGCCCACGACCGACACGGCAGCCCCGACGACCCAGGACCCGCAGCCUCGGGCAUACAUUAUCACCGUGAGUCCAGACACCACCUGCGGCGCGGCGGUGCCCACGCUGGUCAACUGGGGAAACGGUUUUAAUCCGCGCAUCCAGGAGGACUCCGCGGUGUUGGUCCAGAAUGUGUACGCGGACUGGCGUCUGAGUCAGCGCGUCGGCGUGUUUCGCGGGUUUCUCAGCGGGCCCACGGGGGUCAACUACACGAUUUGCUACGCCGCGGACCCGGAGCAGAUGGGGGGUAUCAACGCGUACAGCAACUACAUUCUCCCACUCGGAAGCUUUUUUGUAAACGGCCCGAACCAGAACCCGCCCUACCGCUGUACGCUUUCUCUACCCUGCCGGAUCGACGUGGACGGUGCGGGGCUCCUUCCCAGUAAUGGGAUUUUGCUUCACCGCUCGGACUCGGCGAACCCCUGCGGCGACACGUUGAGUGCGAAGGCGCUUCUUGGCGACCAGGCCAUCAACCCCCUACCCGCAAACUGGGUGAAUGACACCUUCACGUACUUCGAAUUUGGGGUCCCCACGCAGGCACAUUCGAGCGACGAGCCGGGCGAGAAUUACAAGCUGUGUUGGGGCGGCUUUCCCCCGGAGACGCCGCCAACGUGUUCCGUGGCCAACUGUUUGCAGCACUACAACAUUCUUCUGGGACUUCUCAUCAUCAUUGGGCCGCAGCGCGAGAACAACAUUUGCUACAUGACUUUCAUGUGCCAGAUUGACCUUAGAGGGUAUGCAAAUGCUGCGUGCUGUACAUAAUUGAUUCUAGUCCCACUCGUCAUGCAGAUUAUUCACGCAAACGCAAACUCAUCCUGUCGAGAAGACCCAGAUAAAACAUAACCCGAUGCGAAUGAGAUGAAGAUACGCGAAGUUUCUAAGUCUUAUUGCUUACGGGGUCGAGCUCUGCACCGAGUUUUGUUGUCCUCGAAAUGGUAUCUAGUCAUGCUCUCAUCUUGGUCUUGGAGUCUAGCAGCAUACUAGCAGGAGCUAGCAGUAAGGCCUCGCCGGUACGACCCGCUUGCAAUCAUUUUUCAGUCAAUCACUAGCAUACUCACAAAAAUGCACUUCUAGGCACCUGAUCCCGCCGGAGUCAAAUAUCGCAGUCAUCGGGCCGAGUGAGACGUGUAGCCAGGAAAGUGCUGGCAUUGAUAUUACCGGUGGCAUUGGAAGUGCACUUCCGUGGAGGAAUCCGGGCUAUGGAAUUCAAAACUACGUCGACGGAAGCACCGAAGUUUACAGGCUGGGUAUGCCAUCCUUCGGAACAGUCAAGGCAGAGUAUACAAAACUACAGUCGUGAUUUGAAUUUUCAUUUUGAUUUCAAUUUGAAUAUUUCUUUGAUGACAACACAACGACAACGGGACCAGGCACCAUCAUGCUAUGAUGCUUUGACUAAUGUAACGGUAGGGGGGCCGGGAUAGAAGUAUAAAAGUACAACUUUAAUACCAGAAUGGAAACAAGCACAAGCAGCAACAGGCUCCAUAUAUAAUCAAACGUCACUCUCCAGCUACCAGCUUUGUUAUUCUGCGGUUAAUGAGACGAACACUACCUUCUUCCGGAUGCGAUUGGGCCGUAUGGAAAUCCGAGGGCCGGUUGUGCACUCCUAUGGUGCGUUCUUCUGCACAAUGGGUGAGAACUGCCAGAUACAGUUUUCGACCGAUUCUGUUGGCUUACAAGACAGCAAUUAUGCACUGGUAAGCGAGUGAAGUUUGUAUUUACAGUUAGUUAUUCUUCACAGGAAGGAACUGCGGCGACUCGCGCGCACUUGCACUUGCCCAACUCCUACGCAUUGACUUGUAUGACCGUUGCCGGAUCAUGGCGCUUGCAUGGAUGAUAGUACCGGGACAAAACCAAAAUAGUUCUUUCUGCAAGUGCGUGGCCCUGCGCGCACUAAGAGAAAAUUUUGUGCUGGUAUUUUCCUUUUGAUGAUUUGUGAGUUUCAGUGUGCCGAGCACCAGCCCUUUUCAAUUUCUUUCAGAUGCUUGCGGUGAACCAGAGCUGCGGUUUCUCUACCACGCAGGCCCCACUCCAGGCCGUCAUCGCAAAUGAGUGGACGAAUCCGCGGCAGACGCAGGGCACGAGUCCCGCCCGGUACAGUUUUGGCACUGUUCGGUCGGGCUCGCCCGCGACUCACUAUCCCAUCUGUUGGUCACAUGAGCCGACGAAUGACGGCGCGAAUUUGCUAGAGUUUCGCUUCGAGGUGGGGUUUUUGCGGAUGAAGGGCCCCUUCCCGCAGACGACGCCCUGCACCUUGGGUCUGUCGUGUCAGAUCUCAUUGACCGGGGUCGAUCUCACGGACGACAAUGUGAUUCUGAUCAUCCAGAGUAGCUCGACUUGCGGAGACGUGGUGCCCGCAAUGCCUUCCUAUUCGAAUAUGGACGAAAUCAAGAAAACGACGGCGGGAAGCACCGGCGCGACUUACGACACCGGCACCCCAAAGACGGGCCCGCCUGGAACUUUCAAGCUGUGUUGGUCGUGCGGCCUCAUCAACGGUAAUCUUGGGGCCAUACCGCAAAAUUUUCGGCAGUACUACAAAGUUACGAUCGGCGACUUUGUCAUGAGCGGGCCCAACAAUCCGGUCGCGUCCGCGUGUGAGCUCUCCAUGGACUGCACGAUCACCCUCUACGGCAACGGCUUGGCCUCGACAAACUCCAUCUUGAUCAUCAAUUACCGGGUACUCAACAUGUAGCUCUUGUAAUUUGAUUAUUGUAAAAGUAAAAACUCGGCUCUGGGAGUUGCUUUUUACGUUUGUCGCGCGGCUGCGCCAUGUGGCGGGAAUGAAAACCCAGGGUAGAAAAUUCUAUGUCACGACGCUGCAUCAGGGCGAUGAAUAUGCGAGAAUCUUCUGAUCUCAUUAAAUCAGGAUGCAUCCAACCAGGAUGUUGCGUGCGGCGAUGCCGGUGCAACGCCAGUGGAUUUUGAGGGUGUCACGCUUCCGACUUUCGUGCAGCAAGACGGCAGCUACAACACGUACAAGGUCGGCCCAAUAACCACCGGCAUCGCGGGACAGUUUUACCGCGUGUGUUGGAGUCACGCUGCUACGGUGAACACCACGAAUCGGACCCUCGCAAAGGUAUCAAGUGCAAAUAUGUCUGGGCCUGGAACAAGAGUGCGCUUGUUUGUCAUGCGUCGUGCGGUCAACGUAGAUGGUCUGGAUCUGGAAUGCACGCAAAAGUAAUAUCGACAGGCUUUGCGCAGUUUUUUUGCUGCCUGUUCCGGUGAGUGUCGUUGAUGCAACGCAAAUGCGCAGUUUUUUCGCUGCCUGUUCCGGUGAGUGUCGUUGAUGCAACGCAAAGACAGUUUGUGUGAUCCGGAGUGUGCGUCACUCGUUGGAACUCUUCCAGACCCAGACAGGUUCGCAAUGCAGAAAACGUGGAAGAGUACAAUGUCCAAGUAGGCAUGUUCACGCUGGUCGGUGCCAACUAUGAGACACUGGUAACGUGCACCCUGGGUGAAGUUUGCCAGGUCGCUAUCACAGGUGUGGGGCUCGCGGCUACCCAGGAGGCGGCCAUCAUUGAGUACGGUACGGAGUGCGGCGCAACCAAUGCGCAGCUGGCGGUAUUCACAAACUUCCCGAACCCCGUACAAACCGAUCAAGACGGCAACUUCAACAAGUUCAGUUUUCAGUAUUGUGAGGAAAAAUACCCCCUCCCCAUACCAAAAAGGGGCACUACUGAAAAUUUGUGAUGCUGAUUUGUGACCACAAAUCGUCCCUGUAUUGCAAGAGGGCAAAGCCAGAGAAUCGGCCGCGUUUCGCAGGCGCUUUGUAAUGCUGUAUCGCCUACAGAGGAUGUGCCUGCCUUGCUAGGCGCCUACAGCAAAACGCCCCUACUCAGGCACUGCAUCUGCCUGCAGUUCUCUACUGCUAGACAGGUUGGAUUUGUGUACACAAAUGCCGCAUCACAGAUUUCCGUUUUGAUACGGGGAGGGGGGAUUUUUCACUUUGAUACUCAGACGCCGCUGCUCGGAACGCCAGGGAUGUAUCGGCUCUGCUUCGCGUUCGACCCGCCGGUCAGUACGGAUCCGCUCUACCUGCAGGGGUUCAAGUUUGAGAUCGGGCCCUUCAAGAUGGUGGGGCCCGUGCAGGUGCCGAAGUUUUGCUACCUUUCGAUGCCGUGCGACAUUCCUUUGACCGGCACCGACUUAGCUUCCACGAAUGCGCUGCUGAUCAUCGAUCGAGGCAGCAACUGCGGUGACACCACUCCGACGUUGCACUACCUGACCGGGCAGACCAAUCCGAAGGCCACCGCGCUGUCCGGGGCCGCUAAUGCCGCGGACACGUACUUGACCGGGUCGCCUUUUGCCGGGCGCCCAGGCAUCAACGGCAAGGUGUGUUGGGCACACAAUCCCAGCUCUCUUACCACGUAUCAGGACUACAAGGUCACGAUCGGUUUCUUCACCGUUUACGGACCGAAGCAGAGGCUUUUCAAGUGUUUCGACGGCACGUACAACGUGGCCCAGAUUCUGGGCAUCUACCAAGUACUGUGCACACUGGAAACGAACGAAGCCAUCACUGCUCAGCAGGACGCGAACGACGGCAACACGUACAAGGUGUUAUCUGGUCCCUACCAGGGCUGGUACCUGUACGAGACGAGUUUGACGAAUCACAAGGGAACGCUGUUCACGGAAAAUCCUGCCCGCGUUCCCAAUGCGUUCACCAACUCGUGGUACGAGGUGCGGGGCCCCACCGUAGCGUGCACGCUUGGACAGGCCUGCACCAUCCUGCUGGAGGGCUUCGGUCUCGCGAACACCAACCAGGUGUACAUCAUCACUUCCAGCCAACCUUGCGGGAACGCCGCCGCUACGCCUGGCGCCAUGGUGGGGCUGACCAAUCCGCGACUGGUGUCUGACGACGAUUACGAUAACCAGUACCGCAUGCUAUGAAAGGCAAAGGGGUUAUCACGAGGAUCUGGCUAUUAAAAGUAAGAAGCACCGGACCAGGGCCAGGUUUUUGGCCGGGUUCUCCUGUUGUCGAGAUGAAUGCGUUGUAGCAGGAGCCUCGCAAGACGAGCAGGAAUAAUUGUCAUGCUGUCAACUACACGAUGGGAUGCGGAUGGAUAGCUAUGUAUGAACAUGAUUGAGAUUUUUUCGCCUUGUCAAUGCUACUUGGAUUCGCGGUGAGAAGUGUACGUCAUGAUUCAAGGCGAGAGUCAAGAACAAGGAAAAGAUCCUGUGUGUAAGUGGCUUUGCCUGUCUAUACGUGGGUAUCGUCACCGUAGGAGGAUCGUAUGUGGCCUGCAGAGUAUAUCCGACACAGAAGUGUAUUGAUAUCGAUGCCAUAUUUAUUGACCGGGUUUCAUGCGCAGUGGGACAGGGACUGGGUCUGGGACUGGCUUCCCUCUAUUUUUUGUAGGUCUAUCCAUCCGCGUAGGGAUAGGCGGCAGGAGCUGGCCGCCCCGCCUCUUUAACGUAAGUGGACCCCUUCAACUGUUAAAAAGCUGACUCCUCCGCGGUUAUCGUGCGCUGCGCCAAACGAGGCCGCUGUGUUCUAGCUGUGUUGUUCGUAGGGGUAAGCACUAGCAACGGCCGACCACGACAAGAAGGGUUACGGUCCCCGCCACUUGUCAGUCAUGGUUUUGCAGACUCUGGGACGCAGAGCAACCGGGGCCUAAAAAAAGAAAAACCGAAAAGAACUAAUGGCAGAAAUCGGGCCGCGAGGCCGGGUGGUUGCUAACAGUUGUGCAGGUUUGCGCAAUCGAAGCGGUGCGGCAGGGGCUUUCAUGCUGUCCUUGAUAACGGCAACAAAUUACGCGCAAAUAUGGCAUCGAGGCGACUUUUCUGCUCCAUAUAAUCGACGACCCGUCUAAUACAUGUAUCGGGGACCAUUACAAGCUGUGCUGGUCGCACAGUCCCCAAACCGGUGUGACCAGCUAUAUUACACAGGUAUCAACUUCUCUCGGCACAAUUUUCAAUGUACUCGAUGCAGCGUUGUUUUGUGUUUCAGUUUAUGUGUGCGUGCCCUUUUGUAUGUCCCACAGCCGCAAUUAAGAUUUCAGCAGAUGAAGACUAGAAUAGACCAGCCACCUCACAGCCAGUGCUGCGGGGUCACGCUAUUUCGAACAACAAGGAAAUACUUCGUAUAUGUUGGUGCGCGUCGGUGGCGCAUUCGCAUCCUCCUUUCAAGGAGAAAUGCACAGACAUUUCAAUCACAAUCUCCCUGUACGAACUACAAUUUCAAUUUGGAGUAUAGCGCGAUGUAUCAAACAAACCAACUUCGUACUGCUUGUGAACAAGUGCAAUAUGAGGGCUAACAAAAAGUCGAAAUUUCAAGGCAUAAAAAAACCCGCAUGUUGUCGGUCGCUUAGUCUUCACUCGUGGUAAAGCUGUGCGUAUACAUAGUUAAGUCCUGAUAUCAAUCCUGAAACUACCCUGAGGUCGGCAUAUUCGAGAUGAAGGGGCCCUUCGUGGACUUCUCCGCAGAUUGUACGAUCGGGCGGUUUUGCACAGUGAAUGUGUAUGGGACCGGAUUCGCCAACUCCAACCGGCUUCUGCUGAUCAAAGGCACGUCCACCUGUGGGGACGACGACAUGGAGGUCGCGGAGUUCCAGGGAUUCGUGAACCCGCAGCAGGCGGAGGCCACGGUGGACGGAAAGGAGGAGAAGUACAUUUUUGGAAUCAGCACCAGUGGAGACGAGGAUGACUACAAGAUGUGCUGGGGGUUCUCCCCGCUGGAGCUGCAGCAGCACAACAUUGAGGUGGGGCCCUUCAGUUUCAAGGCUCCGCCCCCCGGGUGCUUUGUGCAGAACAAGUGGGAUAUCGUUUGCUACAGGGAUCUACGCCGGGGAAUUUUGACUCAGGUCCGGGCUGGAUCUGGAGUGGGACUAUUAUUUAGAUCUACUAGCUGUCAUGCUAUUUCAUACAGUUACAGAUACAGAGUUUGCGACGAGCGCAAGCUGUGCGUUUUUCCAGAAUCACACUCAGCCCCAGACCUGCUGGUUGCAGUUCAUAGGUUCUGGAGCGGGGCUACCCGGGCAACGAGUUCAAGGACGUGGUCACCUACUAUGAGGACUGGAAGGGCUACGCUGGAAAAAACUGCGUCGCUGUGAAACUGUGAUGCGGAGGAUGCACUACAGCAAUUCAUGAAGGGGAAGCUUUGAAUGAUAGUCUCACAAUGAACUGCAAAAGGGGGCACUUUAAGUUACGUAUCGGUAUGUUCAUCUCCGGCCUUACUAGAAAGUUUUUAUCGGAAAGCGAAAAUUUGAAUUUCCUUGUGAUCAGCACAAAUGUGUACUUGUAUGCAGAUCCUGCAAAACCAAAAUCUAAAUCAUGACUAUCAACACCUCACGGGCACCACAACCACAGUAACAGCGAGACACUUUUUUUCGUACCAUACGGGCCAGCCCGGAUCUACUGCCUACGUCGGGGCGAACGGGGCCUGGAAGCCGGGGACGCGUCCGAUCUAAGUAAUGCGGACUUCGCAAUAGGAACAAAGACAAACUGACACUUGCAGAAGUUACAAGAGAGGAAGAUCGCUUGGCUCUCGCCGAAGAGAAAGGCUUGCAAACUCAAACAUUCAGAUGCUACAUAUGUUCAUGAUACACUCCUGAGAAAUGCAAAUCAUGAAACUUUUCGAAUUUUGGAGCAAGCAUGCAGAGCAUCAGGAUGAAACCAUUCUGGCACUUUUUGCAUGCGAUUUUGAUUUACUGCUCUGUGAAGCACGAGUCAAAAAUAAGUCAAAUAUGUCUCUUUUGCGCGAGCGCGUCAAGUGCUCUGAUACUAAUGAUUCUUUGAUGCGCUCUCUUUGAUGAUUUCUUUGACAUUUGAUUCCGUCAGUUUGGAACCGUGCAGAUUGUCGACGAUGUAUUUCAGUUUGGAACC